AUGUUCAGCACGUUUCGGCAGCUUCAAUCAGGUCCAGGCCAGGGCCAGGUUGUUCUCCAGUCCACCGCCUCCCCGUUCAACAGACCAAUCAAUGCCAUCUCUCGGCUUGCCUGCGUCUACUGCAGGUCGAAAAAGGUUGGCACCACUGGCACCGAGGUUGAGGCGGCGACAUGCGGGGCCGAAGAUGCUGGCGACGGAGGCCUGCGCUCGAAAGAUGUCACCGCCUCUCCGCAGAGCGGGUCCGAAAAGUCCUUGAAUAUCGAGGCCGGUCUGGGCCGGGAUGCCAUCAUGGCUGACUCGAGCCUGCUGGAUAUAGAUUUCGGUCUAGGCCAGCCGGACAUUGCAUAUGAUGCGCACUCAGCGUAUGACGGCUCCGGCGGCCUAUUCUUCGACGAUAUCCAGGCAAGUGACACAAGUCCUUCUUCUACCGGUGCUUCCAUGGCCGCCGACCAGAACCCAGCAUCGGGCCGAGCUCAUGCGCCCGACAGCGACGACAAGGCGGUCCCUGCGAGCCCCAUCUCGAGGCGGAGCCAGGACGUACAGGACCGCACCAGCUGUCUCUGCUCGGAGAUGCUUGAGGUCUAUGAAACUGUCGAGGUGGGCUUGGUAUGGGCGCAACGUACCAGCAGCGUCGUCAACCCUUCUGGGCCCCUAAUGGGCCCGACUUCGCCCCCCUUGCUGACAACUAGUGACGAGUUCAUGUGCCAGCAGGAAGUGCUGAGAAGUUGCGAGACGUGGCUUGAUCGGGAUGCAUCCCACAUCCGGUCCCAGCACGCCGUGUUGAUAAUAUCCCUAUUAGACAGAUUACUUGCGAAUAUCAUGUCCAUGGCCGAGACGUCUGGGAACGGUAAAAGCAAACGUGAUGAGUCUGAUGAUGAUGCGGCAUUGGCCUCUCCUGUGUCACCUGGCAGGCCUCAUCAUCUGCCAAUUUUCGCUUCUGGGGCGGACCGCGGUCUCCCGGUUGACCAGUGGAAAAUGAACGAGGAGGAGAAGGUGCACGUUUUGAAAAGCCUGUUGAACUUCCGAGCUUUGCGGCUCAAGGCGCUGCUGGAGAGGCUGAGUGUCAUGGCAGCGUCAAAUAGAUGGCAGAUGCAGACAAUUAUGGUACAACAUCUCUUAGACCGGCUUCCCAAGAACUGUGUCAUCGCAUGA